CAAUCAGUCAGCUUAUUGGAACACCAGUAUUUUUUUAUCCUCCUACCCAGCAUGUAGAUUUUGGAAAACACUAGGGCUUCAGCUCUCUCAGUCUCCCCAGACCAUGGGAGCAGAGAAGAGACCUAAGCGUUCUCAUAUACUUCAGCCCACCUAAGGGCUUCUUUUGGCAUUCAGAUGUCAGUCUUGAGACUCUGAGGUUUCGAUGGCUUUUUGAGUGAGUUUUACUGUUUGAUUUUUGUAUUGUUUAAUUUUUUUUAACUAUUUCCGCAUCAUUUCCUCAACUGAGAAGACAGAUUAUUACAGUGAGUCUGUCUGGUGCUUCUAUGGAAAAGGACCCUCAUGUCUCAUUGCCUCCUGGAUGGGAUCAAUGCGUGUGAAGCCAUAUGACCUUCAUCAGAGACUUAACAUCAUCAUGAGAGGAAAGGAGGGCCUUGAUUACUGUUGCAGUGCCAGCAUUUCCAACUGAAUUCCUGGCUCUGCCUGACUGUGGCCCGACGUUGAUCCCUCAUGAAGUCCAGAGUCCACUUUAGAAGAGAUGUUCAACAAUUUUGAGAUGUAUUAAAUUUUCUCCUGAAUUCCUGGCUCUAACCUCACUAUGGCUCGAUGUUCUACAAAGCUUCAGCUGUACUUCAUGGGUUUAAGACAUGCAGUUCUUUUCUCUCAUUUUCCACAAAUUUUACCAAAGUCACGUGCACCUGUUUUAAACUCUUACUCCACUGACAUUAAGGUGCGGUCCUACUUCCAGUAUAUUAAACACAAGAUUAAAUCCCCUCCCAGUCCACCAUACAACCAUGUAUGUCAGAUAGGGGACCCAGUGUUACGAUCAAAAGCUGUAACAAUUGACCCUGCAGCUAUUAAAGGACCUGAGGUCCAGAAGGUAAUAAAUACAAUGGUCAAAGUUAUGCGUAAAUUUGAGUGUGUUGGAAUUAGCGCUCCUCAGAUCGGUGUGCCACUUAGAAUCCUUGCCUUGGAGUACUCUCAGAAGUUGUUGGAUGACAGUUCGCCAGUGUCAAGAAAAGUUCGUGGACUCUCUGUCCAGCCAUUGAGAAUAUUUGUCAACCCCCAAAUGAGGGUACUGGAUUGGCAUAUAGUGCUCUUUCAAGAAGCCUGUGAGAGCAUUUGUGGCUUUUCUGCCACUGUUCCACGUUAUCUGUCUGUGGAAGUAUCAGGUCUGAAUGAGAAAGGAGAAGAUACAACUUGGCAGGUCAGCGGUUGGCCUGCUCGAAUCCUCCAGCAUGAAAUGGACCACUUGGAUGGAGUGCUUUACAUUGAUCACAUGGAUAGCAAAACUUUCAUCAAUGUCAACUGGCAGACAUACAAUCAAUAGAAGAGACCUGAUCGAGCCACCAAGUGUUUGAGGGUUAUUCCGUGCGAAAAGCUUAUUUUGAUUUUAAUGCAACUUGGUGUAAUUGUUGAUAGUCAUGGUUCAACACCGAAUCUCAAAAUUAAGGCGGUUAGAGCAAGGGUUGGGGGGGUUACGGCCUGCCAAAU